AUGAUAUUGCCAUAUGAAAAAAGUAAGUUGUAUUACGCAUACACGUAAAAAAAAGUGUUAAAAAUUUGAAAUUUGUCUGAAAAUGUAUAUUUGAGUACUCCCUAUCAUUCCCUAAAAAAUCGAUUUCAAUACUAGGUCAUCAAACUGAAAUAUUUAGUGAUACCUCUUUGCGUGAACUUAGCACUGUAUAUUUGUAUAAAUAUAUCUAUAUUUGUUUAUUUUAUUUUCUAACGGAUUUACUUUAUUUUCAUAUAAUUUUAUAAACUUUAAGGUCUUAUUAGAAAUCUAAAUUUGUACCUAUAUGUAAACUAAUAAGAUAUGAUUUGUAUUUUUAUAUUAGACACAAAAUGAGUACUCACUUAACAAAUACCUACAAACAAUAUUUUAUUAAUUAAUAUUUUUAUUUUAUUAAGGACAAUAAACAUAAAUGUUAUAUGAUAAGUAGACUUUUACUUUAAAUAAAAAAUAAACAUAAAUGAUUGUAACACAACUGGAUAAUAUAUAAUAUUGCAUAAAUAUUUUUCUCGUGAUUUUUUUUUUUUUUUUAUGCAAACAGGUUAAUUGUCUCAUUGAGGCUCAACGAAGGCUCAAAUACUACGUUCGAUGCCGAUAAAACAUGUUUGAGUGUUUCGUCAAUCGUCCCGUUCGGAUGGUCGACGUCUUUAUCUCCCAUCACCGUUACUCGUGAUGGAGACUUUUUGACGCUCGACACGCGGGAUUCAUCGCCGCAAAAUCAGUCGACGGGAAAUUCGUCGCCGCUCGCGGCCACGAACAUUUCCACCCGUUUCUGGGCCACGAAAUCUCCCACGGUGGUUGCCGUGCGUUAUCAGAGCGAGUUUCGGUCAUCCGCAGUUGACCGUUACCGAAUACCAAGAAGGGCCUAUAGCGAUUUUUUGGCGCUCUCAACCUCUACCACCGUUUCAUUCCGAAAGCCGCCGUGCUCCAAGCUCCAUUUUACGACCAUUCCGUUUCUAUCAAAAGGACGGACGGUCCGUCGGUUUGGUCGCUAA